UUAACAAAAUGAACUGUUCGUUCGUUAUCGCGAUCGUGGCUGUGAUUGCUGCCGCUGCUACAGCCGCCCCAUCUCCCAAGGCCUCUCGGGAAGCGGUAUGUUACUACGGAAGCUGGGCCACAUACAGAGCCUGGCCGGGUGCCUACCACGUGGCUGACAUCGAUGCCUCUCUCUGCACGCACCUGGUCUACGCCUUCGCCGGCCUUGACGCCCAGUCAUUGGAAGUCAUCUCCCUAGACCCCUACAACGACCUUGAGGAAAACUGGGGCAAAGGAUCAUACAAGAAAUUUGCAGCCAUUGCCGCAAAAAAUCCGCAUGUGACCACGUUAUUGGCUGUUGGCGGAUGGAAUGAAGGUUCUCGCAAGUAUUCUGAUGUACGUAUUAAUCAAGGGGAA